AUGUCGUCAUUCAAUCGUUCUUAUGGUCAAUCACCACCUUCUCCAGUCUCUAAUGGCGCUUUCGAGUCCAUCCAGGGAACGCCUAACACUGCCAUCACCGCCAUCUCCCCAGAGGACGCAAGAGUUCCAAAGCCAUUGGCUACAGACUCUCGUACAUCUUCUGUUACUCAAUUGGCUGCUAACCAACAUGAUCCAUUCGUCACAGCGGGUACUACAAGUAGAGCUUCGGCUCAACUUUCUGCCACCGCUUCCACGUUCCAACCAUUGCAUCUUUAUGGACCUGCUGUUGGUACGCCCGCUGCAGGAAGUCUUAUCGUCAACGGCUCUGGAUCUGCUACUCUUAUUCCAGGUACUAUUCAGUACUUAGAUAACGUGGUAGCAUCACAGUCACCAGUUCGUGAAACAGAAGUUACCAGCUAUGGCAAAUUCAGCACAGAUACUGGUGCCACCCGUUGCCUUAAAAUCACCGAUAUCUACCAAAAGGUAGACGUCCUUAGCUGUGUCCGAUUUUCUUUCGAGAAAUUGGAAAAGGCUGGUGUCACCAUCACCGGCGGAAAGAGAAUUGAGACGACUAAGAAUAAUGUUGUCUAUAUUAGAAUGUCCAACAUAUAUGAAGCCGCCAAGGUGUAUACCGCAAUCAAGGUCGAUCAUGUUGAUUGUGCAGUGGAAUAUAUCAAAGCAAAUGAAUUUGGCGGCGCCAUCAGUCCUCAAUCGAGAAAUGUGUACUCUGCUCAUGAGGGUCAAGUUAUGCUAACAGCUACCUAUCCCCCAAAUACCAACAUUGACAAGAAGGUUUUUGAGGAAAGCCUUCGUGACUUGUUGUCCAUCGAAGGCGAGCUUUACGCAUGGCAAAAGUUUCUUGCGACAGAAGCAGGAACCUUUCGUCUUUGUGCGGAGUUUGUCGAUUCAGCUAUGGUGUCCCGUGCCAUCGAUCGUUGCAACAACAAGCUGAUUGGCAACAUUCUUGUCAAGUGCGAGAUGCACACGCCCGACGUUAGCAAGAAUCGUGGCAUCAUGCGUAACAAUUUGGCACAGGCUGUGACUCCUACUCGUCGCUCGGCCCCUCAAACUGACAUCAGUGAUGUGCUUGGACACAUGUCACUUCAAGCCCCUCAAACACCUGGAUUCCCCAGCAAUGCUGCCUUGUUUAAUUCUGGUAGCCCGAUUCCCCAAGCCAUUCAAUACAUGACCACCAAUCAUUAUGGCCUGUUACCUUCCAACACAGUUCCUUAUGUUGUAAAUAACUUGGGUGGUUUGUAUACUAGCCAGCCUCUUGCAUUCCAGGCGGGAUUUCCAGGAGCUGUUACAACAAAUCGACCUUCACAGGUAAUGGAGCCUUAUGACUCCUUCCCGGCUCAAGCAUACUCACCACAUACCUACACUAAUCACUUUGCUCAGCAAGGUGUUCAACGAUAUCCAACGAGUCCACAGACCUAUGGGCACAACUUUGGCUAUAUGAGUCCGCAGACUCCUAACUCUCGUGAAAUUGCUCGCAAUGGUAACCGUCGCCAGCUUCCCAUUGUUAGGACACCUCAGGGACAACUACGAGGACGUGGUGCUUCUAACCCUGCCGCUAGCCACCACAAUCAUGUCGACAUCAAUAAGAUCAAUGCUGGCCUCGAUGUUAGAACCACCGUAAUGCUGAGGAAUAUCCCAAACAAGGUCGAUCAAGCAAUGUUGAAGAGCAUUGUAGAUGAGUCAAGUUUCGGAAGAUAUGAUUUCAUGUAUCUCCGUAUUGACUUUUCCAAUGAUUGCAAUGUCGGCUACGCAUUUAUCAACUUUGUCGAUCCGAUGGACAUUAUCGAGUUCGUGCUUGCACGAUCUAACCAGAAGUGGCAUAGAUUUAAGAGUGACAAAGUUGCAGAAGUUUCCUAUGCUACAAUCCAAGGUAGAGACUGUCUCAUCCAGAAGUUCCGUAACUCGUCAGUCAUGCUCGAGCCUCCUCACUACCGGCCUAAGCUCUUCUUAACUCAUCUUGAUGGAGCUAAUGUUGCCGGUUUGGAGGAUGAAUUUCCUUCAUCCGAUAAUGCUUCUAAGCUCAAGAGAAGCUGUGAAAAUGCUGAACACGUCGGACUUUUCGCUCCAAGUGCUGGCCAACACCUACGUGAUGAACAGCGCCGCCGUCGUUCUCAGUAUGACCGAGGAACCAGCCUUGCCGAGCGUGAGGAAUACGGCUUUGAUGAAGAUGAGGAAGAUCUUCAUCGUAGCCCUUGUCAACAAGGUUUCUCACCACACUAUUGA